AUGCGCCCUGCCCCGCGCCCUCGGCUCCGAGCGCCUCCUGCUCCCCGGGCAGCGCCGGACCCAGGCCCCCCAGCGGCCCGCAGCGCCGGAACUUGGGAGCGCGGUGAGCGGGGGCGGGGCGCCGGGCCGGCGGGCGGCGGCUUGCGGCGGGGCGCGGGGUCCCGGCCCUGGAAGCCCUUCCCCGUCUCCUUAAAUCCGCGGCUGCGUGGGACCUCGGAGCUCUCCCGGCGGGCAGCGUCGGCGACGACAGAUCCAGACCCGGGACACCUCCUGCGCCCACGCCCGGGACGCGACGUGGUGCCUUCUUCCCUGUUCCCGGGCAGAGGCCGCGCGGGUGGGCAUCGAGGCGAGCGCUCCGCGCUUUCUGCCUGCAUUCUUCCAGCGCCCCCGGCCCGCCCGGGCUUCGGGCCCGCCGCGGAGGGGCGAGGGGCCCCGGAAGGGUGGCGAUGGCCGUGGAGCCGGGACGUGGGCUCCGGGAGGCGCGCCCGGGCCCCCGCGGUAGGCGGACCGGCCCCCCGGCCGAGCGCGCGCCGUCUCCCUCCCGGGCGCCCCGCACCCCCCACCCCCGACGUGACCCCGGCGCCGGCAGCGCCCCCGCCCCGAAGCCCGCGCAGGCUGGCGCCGCCCCCAGCGCUGCUCCUUGGGCCACCUGGCCCUUCCCUUCCCAGGUGCCCGAGACGCCGGCGCCCCACCCGUCUGGGGCGAGCCGACUCCGGGGGUCUCGAGCUGGAGCGCCGUGUCCCCCGCCCCGGGGCCGGGUGGUGCGCGCAGGAGGAGGACCCAGAAGCGGGCUCUGCCUGGGCUUGCCUGGGCUUGUUCAGAGCCGGGCUGCUUCCCUCCGUGACCGCGCAGAUCCGCGGAGAUUUCGAGAUUUUGCGGGAGCCGCCGCCGAGCCCCGGGAGGAGGGGGCUGGAAGCCCGCGCGGCUUGUCGCCUCGUCCCGGGGUGAGCGCAGGUGAACGCACACCUACGGAGGGGCCCCAGUGCUGGCAGCGAGCCCAGCCCCCUGGCAGGUGAACCCGGUGCCAGACCCGGAGGCGGCAAGCCCGACAGGUCAGACAGGUGGAGCCAGCCGUGCGGUCCGUGGUCCCCAAUCCCUGGUCCGCCCUCAGCCCACAAAGCAGUGCAGGCACGGUUGGCUCCUGACAUUCAGGAAAAACAGGGGUGCUCUCUGCCCCUCUGGGAAAGCUGGUUCCCCUCAACCUGGACAGAUGAUCAUUUUUGAGGCUGAAAACAUCCAAACAGAGAUCACAAGGAGGCAGAGAAGCAGGCAGAGAGAGAGGAGGAAGCCCGCUCCCCGCGGAGCAGAGAGCCUGAUGUGGGGCUCGAUCCCAGGUCCCCGGGAUCAUGACCUGAGCUGAAGGCAGAGGCUUUAACCCACUGAGCCACCAAGUGUGAGAUCCCCCACUCUUAAGGCAGGUUUCUCUCUGCCCGGCCUUUAACCUGGAUGGAUGUCACUCACAGAUCUGGACAGGUCCCCGAAGCUCCUCUGGGCCACCACCACCUUCCUGCCACGGGGUCUGGUUUUCUGGAGGUCAGUGCAAGAGCAGAAAAAUUCCCGCAUCAUUGUGAAAUGCAAGAGGAAGCCUAACUAAGGUUGGUGGUAAAAAUUGUGGUAAAAAUCUUCGGAUUCCUCUCCAAGCCUGGCAGGGGAAGGAGUGUGGGGUGCAAAGCUGUGACUCGUUCCCAGCACCACCGUUCUGCCCCCAGAUCGGGCAUUUUGAAAGUGCUUGUUCUCAUAGUUCAGAACUGCUCACAGUUAUAAUUGGGCGCGGCUGUGGUUUCUUGCCCAUCUCUUUCUUCAUGCACCCCCCAAGGCCCAGGACAUCCUCCGCCCUCCCGACCUACCCCCUGCGCCCCCACGCAGGCACGGGGUCAGCCCAUCACAGGUGCACACUCAGAAGCUGAUGGCUGCCGAAGAAACAUCUGUGCUUGCUGAGACGUGUGCUGUAGGAUUGGGAAGGUUUCCUGAAUGAAUUUCCACAUCUCCUGGAUGAAGAGGGCGCCUCUUUUUCCAGGAAUUGGAACAUCCAAGAGCCAUGUUGCCAGAAGCCACUUUCUCUUCAGUGUCUAAAAUUUAAGUGCUGGGAACUUAAAACUCCUCGGUAGAGAUGACUUCCAGUUUUCUUGUAUCCCUCCCGGCUCCCUGGACCAGCGGUCUUGACUCUGUAGGGAGAGGUUUUGGGCCUGGGGCUCCAGAGGGCCCCUGUUAGGACAAAUGAACUGAAGACAGAAUCAGGGCUCUGAACCGAGCCCCAGGUCUUUGAAGUAUCUUGUGUUAAUGCAGCAGAAGCUCACCUGGUAGCUGAACCAAAAGCCCUUCGGUAGAAGAGAAUGUCCGUUCAAAUCUAAGUACGUUCACUCUGACCUUGGGUUGCAGCUUUGCAGGAAGGUCUGACGUGGUAAAAGCCUGCUGACUUGUGUGCUGUGUACUUUGUGGAACACAGAUUUCAGCCACUGACUCAUUAUUCACCCUUGUUCUGGCGUCGCCUCUCUGACUGGAAAAAUUGUCCCUGAAGUCCAGGCUUCCCCUCCUUGACUGGGAAGACUGUCCCCAAAGUCUGAGCCUCCCCUCUCUGACUGAGAAGACUGUCCCCAAAGUCUGAGCCUCCUCUCCCUGACUGGGAAGGUUGUCCCUGAAGUCUAGGCCUGCCCUCUCUAACUGGGAACAUUGUCCCCGAGGUCCAAGCCUCCUCACUCUGACUAGGAAGAUUGUCCCCGAAGUCCAGGCCUGCCCCCUCUGACUGGGAAGACUGUCCCCAAAGUCUAAGCCUCCACUCUCUGACUCUCUGACUAGGAAGAUUGUUCCUGAAGUCCAGACCUCUCCUCUCUGACGGGGAAGAUUGUCCUCUCUGUCUGAGGACCCCAGACUCCAGAGGAGGAAGAAGGAGGCCCUCCUGGCUACCAUAACUGCCAACUCAGCUCUGGUGUCCGGGGAGCAGCCUCCACAGGCAGCCACGGCAUCACCCAGGUCACUCACUGCCUAGAUUGAGAACAUGGGGUUCAGCAUGGAGAUCAGGGACAGGGGCUGCUUAGCAGUAGAAGACACAUCUGGUCUUGCUUUUCUGAGCCAUCUUUUCCUUUGGUUUAUUUUCUGAGCCUGAGGGUAGGCUGGAUCCAAGAAUUAGGAGUUCCCUCAUCUCCCUCCAUUAGUGCUUUUGACCUCUGCUGGGGUUCAGCGCGUGCCCCAUCCCUGAGAAACACACAGGCACCAGGCUGACUUGACCUUGACAGCGGUGCCAAGGACCAGCCUGAGGCCAGUGGGUGCUGGUGAGCUCGUUCCCGCCUCUCACAGCCCAUUUUUGGGAGGGUUAGCCCAUCCCAAAUGCUGUUCUGAGCUCAGACACCAAGCGCGCCACUAUUGCUUAAUUCCCACGUUGCUGUCUUUACCUUGGGGACCCUGCUUCUGUUUUCAGUAUUUGGGGGGUCCCCUGCCUCUUCCAGCCAGCCCGGGUGUUAUUCAGGCUCCUGCUUGCCCCCGUGCUGACUUGAGGACGGCCAGUGUGGAAAGUGCCGUUGGGCCGAUCCUGGGCCCGUGGGGUCAGAAGCUGCAGCACGAAACCAGGAAACCCGCUUCUCCGGAGCCCGCAGGUGGUUCUUGGAUGCAGGGCUCCAAUCUGACAGAGCCACUGAACCUUUGAGAUAAGACUGGACGUAGCAGAGGCGUAUUUUCCACGCUGAAAGGCCAUAAUUAAAGUCUAGUCUGGCUUGGUUUUUAGGCAAGGCAUCACGGGUUCAUCUGUCUGGGGGCAGAAGACUAAGGUAACAAGAGACUGCCACCAGCUCCCACUGGACAUUUAGAAGCCAAGGAAGGGGGUGCUGUGUGCUCUGCGUCUUGCUGAGUGUAGGGGAAGCCCAGUGAGGGGACAGCAGGUGGGCAGGGUCUGCCCACCUGGGAGCUGCUUUCGUCCACUGCAGCUUGCCUGGAACCCAUUUCUGGGACCUCCUGGCCUGGGGCAGGGGGCUCAGUGACCCUCCCAGGAGCGCCCCUGUGUGUCCCUGCCCCCACACAGAAGAGGAACUAUCGGUGGUCCACAGCCAAAGCAGCUGGUGGCCAGAUGUUCUAGCAGCCACCAUGAUGGGCUCCUCGAGUCAGCUUGGCUAGACUGCGGGACCCAGUCAUUCAACCAAACACCGAGCGAGGCGCUGCUUUGGGCCCAUGCGGGUGGCGUCUACGAUUAGUUGACUUUAAAGCUUCACCUCGAUGACGUGGGUGGGCCUCAUCCAAGCAGUUGGAGGGCCUUCAGAACAAAGCUGGGGCUUUCCUGAAGAGGAAGAGACCGCACCUGUGGACUGCACUGUCAGCUCCUGCCUGAGAGCGGCCGGCCAGGCUGCCAGGCGGCCCUCGCCAGCCCCAGUCAUGUGAGCCAGUUCCUUGAAAUAAAUCUCUUCAUCUCAAUCUCCUUCUGCUUCCGCUUUCCCAGUAGGAUUCUGACUGCUCGGCUCCCUCAGGGGCGCCCAGGAUGGGGGAACGGCGGGGGUCGCUGUGUUCGUUCUCUUGCUCCCCGUUGGUUCCCAUAGCCGUGCGGAUUGACGACCACUGUCCCUUCCUAACUUUUUCUCUUCCAGGCAAAAGCUGACUUGGUCUUUUUUUUUUCCUCCGGGUCGGUGAGUCGCAGGCCAGCCCGGCUGGGAUCUGUCGCCGGUCCCCGCUCUCUCCACGGCCAUGUUCCUUCCUAUCCGCAGGUCGGCGGGAGCGAGCGGUGGAACAGGCCUGCACCCGGGUCGUUGGCGGGGCCAGCUGUGAGUGUUUCUUUGGCAGUGUCUUAGCUGGUUGUUGUGAGUAAUAGUGAAGGAAGCAAUCAGCAAGUAUACUGCCCUAGAAGUGCUGCACACUGUUGGGCCCCGAGGGAGGCGGCAGCGAGAGGCGACGGAGCCAGGGGAGACACCGGAGCCUGGAUGUUGGAGGCUCUACCCCGCCGUGUUGGCUGCCUCACCUGCAGAUGCCAACUUUGGGUCCAGUGAGCUGUGCGGCCAGCUGGUGUGCCAUGGCAACAGGAAGUGGACCCAAGCCACCAGAGGUUGGAGAGCCAAGACACACUGGCUCCUUGGGGGUGUCUUGGACCACAAGGCUCAUCCAUGACCUCCGGCGAACCUGGAGAACCCAUGAGGGGGUGGGGCUCCUGGUACCUUUGAUGCAGGCGCUGUGACCCCCCCCACCUUCCCCGUGCCCCCACUGCUCCUCCGCCAGCCACGGCCCGCGGCCCUCCCCUUCUCAUGCCCGUCUGCCUGGACUCCGUCUUUUUUGGUUCUGUCUUGCCGACCUCGGUACUUCCUAGCGCCGAGUGGGGCAAGAUGGGCCUGUUUCCAUUUGGACCACUUUAUGUAAGUCGGAAGACCCCUUAGAAAGGUUUUCUGAGUCUAACCUUGGCCUUGAGACACCCCUUCUAGUCCAAGCCAGUCCUCUCUCUCUCAAAGCUGGAAGCACAGUGGGCAGCCGGGCUCCCUCCAGCCAGCGGAUUCCUGCGGGAGUUGUUCCGUGUCUCCUCCGGUGCUCAGAGGGCUCCAGAGACGGCCCUUUUGUGGCACACAUCGGCCUGGCCGCGCCCCGUGCCCACUUGGCCCACAUUCCGCUCUGCCCCCCAGGCCCGUGGAGCCGGGCGUGGGCCGAAGUGAGGCGGCCGGAAUGCCCGGAAUGCGGGCCGCUGCGACCGCCGGACACUCACGUCCCUCGCGGGAGAUCUGACCAGCGCGGGGCUGGGGACGGCGCUGAGCCGAAGUCUUUACAUUCUUCCCAGUUUCAGGCCGAAGCGAAGGACGAAGGACGCCUGCACUUCUCCCCACCGCCCGCUGACUCAUGGUCUCCAACUUUUGAAUUAAAGGGGCCACACUCUGGGACUGUGAUCUAACUGGCCUGUCGGGUCCCGGUCAAAUUAUUUGCGAGUAACCUCUUUUUGCAUCUAGCUUGGCUUUCCAUUAGGCCGACACAGAAACCAGAAAAACACUGACUCUCGGAUACGCUUCCCCUGCAGAAGUUGCCGGAUAAAAAGUAAGGACACCCACAGCCGGCUUCGCUUCUUUUCUGGUCUUUGUAGGAAACCCACGUCUUUGUGGCAAUUUAUUUCUGAGUCUUCAGACCAGAUAGGCAGGAUCUGCUCCAACAUCUUUGUAUCUGACAGUGGUAGGGAAAUGGACUCGGAUACGGGUCUAGCCCUUUGUCUUUCUAGAAGGAACUGUGGAGACAUAGAGCAAUGCUGACUCUAUGGGAGUGAGUUUAGAGUGGACUAGAACAAAGAAGGGCUACUCUCUCUCACACUCGUGCACACAUGCACAUGCACACUGGCCAUGGCCGUGGGGGCGCCCACGUGAUCAGUCAGUAUCUCUGGUGGCAUCCCUGUGUCCUGGACCCUUGGCCUUCCCUGAGCCUCCCUUUGCUGUCCCCUAAUGGCAGGGUCAGCUUGGUGGGUGUGUCACCCGUGUGCUUAGCUGGGCCUGUGUGUAGACUGUCACCAAAUUGAAAUUUGUGGUAGUUUUGGGGCAAGGGUUCCGUGUUUUCAAUUGCCCAUGAAUUGUGUCACUGUUUCUGACGGUCAGCCUUCCAUAGACCUUCAACCUGUGGGUCACAAGGACUCUGUGGUCCUGCAUCAAACUUGUGACCCAGUUUGGGAUCAGGCCUUGGUGCCCACUUGCCAGGAGGUCCGGGCCCAGAGCAGGUGCUCCAGCAAAAGAUGGUGACUGACUCACCCUCUAGGUCAGGCUGAGCAGAGCUGAGUGGGACCAGCAUCCUCCCUCCGGCUGAACCCAGGGCCACGGGGGGAUACACACAAGUAGGGAACUCAGGUCCUGUGCACCGGGCUGUGUCUGGUGGUGAUCAGAAACUGGUGCAUCAGAAUUUGGGGAAGGAUUUUAUCAGUUUGGUGAACUGUAUCUAUUUGGGGAUUUUAUUAAUUUGCUAGGGCUGCCCUAGCAAAGAAUCACAGACAAGGUAGCUUGAAAAACAAAAAAAUUUUUUUCUCUCCGUUCUGGGGGUUAAGUCCAAGAUCAAGGUGUCAGCAGGGUUGGCUCCUUCAGAGGCCUUUCUUGGCCUUGGAGAUGGCCAUCCCCACCCCGUGUCUUCACAUGGGCUCCCCUUUGUAUCCAUCUGUGUCCGAAUUUCCCCUUUUUAUAAGGACACCAGUCCUACCAGAUUAGGACCAUCCUAAUGACCUCAUUUUAACUUAAUCACCUCUUUAGAGACUCUGUCUCCUAAUGAGGUCACACCCUGAGGUUCCAGGGGCUAGUCGUUCAACAUACGAAUGGGGGAGGGGAGACACAGUUCAACCUGUCUCAGGGACUUUUUCUAGGCACUUCAAAAUCUCGUAUUUUUUCAUUGCUCCGCAAUCUCUUUCCAGUCUGAAAAGGUGAGAAAUCGUUGACUCCCGGGCCUGUGCUCCAACACAGGAGGAAACAACAUAAGACUCAGUGGCCCCAGAGUGUGGCUGUGGGUGGUUGGUUGCUCAGGGGUGUGAGGCGUGGGUUACUUAACGCGGCCUUCCAGAGAGACACCGGAAGAGUGAUGGGGCGGAGGAUGGGAGCCAGCUAUCCCCCGAGUCCUGCGGGGCCUGAGAGAGAGGAAAUGAGUGGAGCAGAAUUCUGGUCAGAGCUGGGAGAAGACCACUAGGCUGGGGGUGGGGUGGGGGUGGUUGGAGUGGUGGGGGGGAUCGGAGGCUGAGGUCAGGAGAGCAGGAAGUGCGGUCACCUGGGGUGUCCCAGGAGGCAGGGCCAGGCUUCUAAUGGUGGCUCAAGUGGCCCUCCAGCUUUGGGAGCCCUAAGACUCUGGGUCAGGCCUGGGCAUCUGUACACUUAGGAAGCGCCCCAUGCGAGGUGAUAAUUAUUGAAGCUGGUUCAUGGCUUUCUGGGGGUUCGUAUACUUUCGUACUAGUUAGAAAUUUUCCAUAAUUAAAGUGUUUUGUUUUUUAAGAGAGGGAGGGGCAUCUGGCUGGCUUUUUCGUAGAGCACGGGACUCUUGAUCUCAGGCUGGUAAGUUUGAGCCCCCCCACAUUGGGUGUAGAAUUACUUAAAAUCCUAAAAAGAGAGAAGGGGGGAGGGAAACUCCCAGAAGCUUCUGCUGCCAGCCCUGGUUAGGACAAAGGUGGGAGGGAGGAAGCCUUGAACUUGCGCCUGGGCUUCCCCUGACCUGGGGGAAACAGCGCCUCCUGGUGGCGAGAGGUGGCACUAUUCACAGCAGCAUCACGACUGGCGAUCAGGGUCCAGGACAGCCUGUGUCCCACGGGGAAGCCAGGCAAACCCUCACGGUAGGCUCUUAUGCCACGGACCCCUGUGCCCAUCUAAUGAUGCCUGUGGACACAAAAGAUAAAGGCGAAAAAUAAAAUACAUGGAAUUUCAAAGCGGAACAAUUACAAUGCACUGUAAUAAUCAAAACAGUUGAUAAAGCCAAUUUUGUUGUAGGGUAGAUACGUGCCCCUUGCCAGCAUUUUUUUUUUUAAGAUUUUAUUUAUUUAUCUGGCAGAGAGAGAUCACAAGUGAGCAGAGAGCCCAAUGCGGGGCUAGAUUCCAGGACUCUGAGAUCAUGACCUGAGCUGAGGGCAGAGGCUUAACCCACUGAGCCACCCAGGUGCCCCUACCAGCAUAUUUUUUUAAAGCUUUUAUUUAUUUGUCAGGGAGAGAGAGCACACACAAGCAGGGGAGUGCACGACAUAGACCGGUCGUUGGCCUUAUCAAGCACUUAUUCUGCAGAGACACAGGUGAUCUCAUGUUCCUAUUGAACAUAUUAGGUAAUAUAAAACAAUGUUUCUUGUAGAAUUGUUAUAUAAUUCUUCACAGAAAACGUUUUCUCUUAAUCCCGUUUGCUUUAAAGCUGAGCUUUCAACCUAGUGAAGCCCAGGGUCCCACUUUAUAGAGCAAAAGGAAUUUUCUAUCUUCUGGAAGAUUCUGAAGGGCUCCUGGAAUGGAGGGGUGUUCAUGCCUUUUAUCUGCUCACCAAACUCAUUAAGAGUCGCUGCUUAUUCACAGAAGCACUAUUCACAAUGGCCAAAAGGUGGAAAUGACCCAGGUGUCCAUCAACAGAUGAAUGGAGAAGCAAAAUAUUUGUACAAUGCAGUAUUAUUUGGUCAUAAAAGGAAACACAGCACUGUGCACAGGCUACAAUGUGGAUAGACCUCGGAGACAUUAUGGUAAGAGGAAAGAGGCCACAUCCAAAAACGCUCUCUGUCCUCAGAUUCGGUUGGUGUGAAAUGUCCAGAAAAGACAAAUCCAGGGAAACAAAAAGUAGAUUAGUGGCUGCCAGAGCUGGGGAGGGGAGGCAGAGUUUCUGUUUGGGGUGAUGAAAACGUUUUUGAAGUUGGGGCAAUGCCUACAUAAUCUUGUGAAUGUCAUCGAUGCCACUGAUUUGGGUAUUUAAAAAAUAGUUAAAUGGCAAUUUGGGGGGUGAUUUAUAUUUUACCACAAUAAAAAAAACAAAAGACACUGUUUAAAGACAUCUUUCCGGUUUCCCCGAAUCAUCGCCUCACCCCCAGUCAUGCAGCGUCGCAGGUUCCCAUACUCCGUCCCUGGUGCUCUCAAGUCUUGUGGUUUAAAUGCUGCCUUUCUUCUGACUGCCUCCAAUUUCUAUCUCCAGACAGGACCCCCCCUAGGACUCUGACCGCCCACCACUUGGCUGGUCCAACAGUAAUGUAAUGUGUCCAGAACUGACCUCCUGCUGUUGCCUCCCCAUACACCUGCUCCCUCCAGGGAAAGGCAACUCUGUCCUUUAAUCUUAGAAGUCUAGAAUCUUCCUUGACUCCUCCUGGGCUCACGCUCACAUCUGAGCCUCUGGUAAAUCCUGUCAUCUCUGCAUCCAGAACAUAUCUAUGACCUCAGCCUCCACUGUUGCUUACCUAGAUCGUGCAGGGGCCCCUAAGCCAGGCUUUAUUUCUUCCACGUAGCUCGAAGCACACCUCUGCUCAGCCCUCCAGUGGCUCCUGUGUCCCUCAGUGUGCGAAAGCUAAAGCCCUCACAUUGACCGAGGGCCUUGUGUGUUCACCCUGCCUCUGUCUUCCUCUCCCUCUCCAUGGCUGCACCAGCCACAAUGGCUCCUUGCUGUUUCCUGAACACAGGGCCUUUGCAUGUGCUCUUUCCUCUGCCUAGGAUGCUCUAUCCCUGCCUGUCUCAAUUCUUGUUCUCUCACUUCAGGAGCGUGUCAGAUGCCAUUAGAAUCCCCUCUGCUGGACACCUGUGGAAGUACCGCCAUCAUCCUCCGGCCCAAGCGCACCUGGCCCUAUUACCUGGCUUUACACCUCUCCCACACUUACCACGGUUGGACAAUUGCAUAUUUGUUGAUUGUUUAUCAUCUCUGUCGACCGGAAGGUAAACUCCUGGAAAGUAAGGUCUUGGUUUCCCUCCAUGUCAUAACUUCAGAUAAUGAGCAGCCGUUCAGUCGGUAUGUGUGGGAUGAAUAAAUGACCGGAUCCCUUGAUUCACUGAAAUUGUACAAUAUUCUUCAAACACUACUUAUAAGCACGAAUGAAUUACUUGACAUAUGUAUAAUAAUUCCACUUUAUGAAAUAAAACUCUGGGCUGAAGACCCUCAGACCUA